AUGCAGCCGGCUGUGCUUCUCGGCCUCCUGGGAGCCGCGAUGGUGGCCGUUGUCAGUUCUAUGCCAGUGGACAACAGGGACCACAAUGAAGAAAUGGUGACUCGCUGCAUCAUCGAGGUUCUCUCAAAUGCCCUGUCGAAGUCCAAUGCUCCACCCAUCACUCCCGAGUGCCGACAAGCCCUGAAGAGGAAUGGAAAAGAAGUUAAAGAUGAAGAGAAAAGUGAAAAUGAAAAAACAAGGUUCCAAGUAAGAUUGUUAAGAGACCAAGCUGACGCCUCAGAAGCCCGCAGGCCCUCCAGUAGGGAAGACACAGGAGAACCGGAGGAGGCAGACAUCCAAGGCCUGUCAGUGGCCAACACAGAGGGAGGUGGGCACAGCCGAGAGGGAGCAGGUGAGCCCCAAGAGAGCCUCCAUCCCUCUGAGAGUAAAGUCUCCAAAGAAGUGAAGACAUACCAUUCUGAGAAGAGCGAGGGAGAGGAAGGCGAGAAACACCCAAAAAGGGAGCAUGGGGAAGGUGGCAGUGAAGAGAAACACCUGGAAGAGCCAGGCGAGACACAAAGUGCCUUUCUUGACAAAAGAAACCAGGCUACAGCUAAGAAAAAAGAGGAGAUAAUGUCCAGAUACAAUCCACCCUCGGCCAGGCUCCCGGAGGAGAAGACACACAGCAGGGAGAGGAGUAGCCAAGAGAGCAGAGAAGAGACAAGGAACCCGGAGAGACACUCCCAAGAGUCUAAAAGCCAAUCUGGGAGCCAGGAAGAAUCUGAGGAAAGUGAGGAAGAUGCCAGCCAUGAGCUGGACAAACGGCACUGGAGGCCGAGACAUCACCAUGGGCGGAGCAGGCCUGACAGAUCCUCUCAAGAAAGGAAUCUUCCCUCUGAGGAAAGGGGACAACCCCAUGCGGAACCUGAAGAGCCCAAUGUGGGCAUGGCCAGCUUAGGAGACAAGAGGGACCGUGAUCCAACCCACUACCGGGCUUCAGAGGAAGAACCUGAAUAUGGGGAAGACAUGAGGAAUUACGCAAGAGUCCAGGCACCUGAGAACCUGGCCGGGGGGCGGUAUGGGGGCAGAGAAAAUGAGAAGUACGGGGCUCCAAGGCCUCCCAGUGAUGAGAGCCAGGACGAGGACAGGCGAAUUCACCCUAAUGCAGAGCUUGACAACAUGGCUUACGGAUAUGAUGAGGAGAGUGAGGAGAGGGGCCCUGAGUGGGGAUAUCGCCACAGAGCCAGGGUAGGGGAGCCUGGGGCCUAUGCCAGCCCAGACAAAGCAGAGAAACGAUUCUUGGGUGAAGGACACUACGGUGUUCAAGAAAACCAGAUGGACAAAACAAGGAGGCACCCGCAGGGCGAGUGGAAAGAGCAGGACAGAAAUGACCUCAACUAUGGUGAGGAAAAUGGGGAGGAAGGGGCCCAGGGGACAUGGCAGCGGCAGGAGAAUCUGCAAGACACCCAGGAGAACAGGGAGGUGGCCCGGCUUCCAGGCAAGCAGUAUGCUCCCUAUCAUACCACCGAGAAGAGGAGGAGGUUAGGGGAACUGCUGAACCCUUACUACGCCCCCUCCCAGGUGAAGAGCAGCCACUUUGAGAGAAAAGACGACACAGAUGACAAUCUUCUUGAGGGUGAAGAUGAAAAUGGCCUGACCUUGAAUGAGAAGAAUUUCUUCCCAGAAUACAACUAUGACUGGUGGGAGAGAAAGCCCUUUGAGGAGGAUGUGAACUGGGGGUAUGAGAAGAGAAACCUGGUCCCCAAACUGGAUCUGAAGAGGCAGUAUGACCGAGUGGCCGAACUGGACCAGCUCCUGCACUUCAGGAAGAAGUCGGCUGAGUUUCCAGAUUUCUAUGACCCCGAGGAGCUGCUGAGCCCACGCCACGCAGUGGAAGGUGAAAAGGACAGGGCUGGCCCCGGAGUUCUGACCAAGGAAGAGGAAAAAGAACUUGAAAACUUGGCUGCAAUGGACUUGGAACUACAGAAAAUAGCUGAGAAGUUCAGUGGUAAUCGAAGGGGGUGA